AGAUACACUACGAACAUUCAUUCAUAUCGUGUCGAAUAUUGUACUGCUUGUAGAUAACAUUUGUCAAAGAUAAUUGAAAAUACGCACUCUAAUAUUUUUACCAAAUUGAAUUCUGACUAAUUCUCUUUAUAAAAUCUAUAAAAUCGAGUGCGAAUUUUAACGUUAGUGAAUAUAGUUCAAAUAAUUUGAAACAGAUGUCGCUGAGUCGUGUUUUGAUCGUAAACCGGUCGUAUCCUAAUGCCGGUUUGGAAUUAUUAAAAACUCAAGUCCAAGCAACAGUAUUGCCUUACUUGGAUUACGAACCAGAAUCAUUGCAAGAAAUAAAAAAAAACAUCAAAGGAAUUGACGGUCUGAUAUGGAACACAAAACAUCGAUUGACAGGAGAAAUAUUAGAUCUAGCAGGGCCACAACUGAAAGCUAUAUCAUCAAUGUCGUCCGGUCUGGACCAUAUUGACCAAGCAGAAGUGAAAAAACGUAAGAUCCCCCUGGGGAACACACCGGAAGUGUUAAAUGAUUCUGUAGCAGAUAUCGCUGUUGGAUUAUUGAUCGCUGCAGCCAGACGGUUUAAGGAAGGCGUGAGAGAAUUAGAAAGCAAAGAAACUAAAUGUUGAACGGUUGCCACAAGAGCAGCUGUUGAAGGAGAGUGACUUCGUAAUCCUCGCGUGCCCCCUCACCAGUGAGACCAGGUACAUCAUCAACUGUGCUGCACUCA